GCAGCGCGUCCGGGCUACUAGCCAUUUGCUGCGUAGUGGGUGAGCGUGAACGUGAGUGUGAGCCGGGCUACCAUAGACUUUAAAACAGUUUGGAGAGAGCAAAGCGCGCCAGAGUGUGGGAGCGAGUGCGAGGAGACCUAGAGAAGACAGGGCGAGAAAACAGGGCCCAAAAACCUCCGAUUUGAGACUGAAUGACCAUGGCUGUCUCCGUACCUCCGGUGAUCUCUGCAACUUCCAGCGGUGCCGGCGUCCCGGGGGGCUUAUUUCGGGCAGAAACCUUGUACUCGACUCCUGGGGAGCCUCCUCGUCUCACCCCUAAUAUGAUCAACAGUUUCAUGGCUAAUAACCUCAGCAGCAGCGCCAGGGGUGGCGGAGUUGGUGGAGCCACCGGAGGCAGUGGCAACACCAACACCGAGUGCAGGAUGGUGGACAUGCAUGGGGUGAAGGUGGCUUCGUUCCUGAUGGAUGGUCAGGAACUGAUUUGCCUGCCACAAGUCUUUGAUCUCUUCCUUAAGCACCUGGUGGGAGGGUUGCACACGGUGUACACCAAGCUGAAGAGACUGGACAUAUCCCCCGUGGUAUGUACUGUGGAGCAGGUCCGGAUACUCCGCGGUCUGGGGGCCAUCCAGCCGGGGGUGAACCGCUGCAAACUCAUCACCAGAAAAGACUUCGAAACUUUGUUCACCGAUUGCACCAAUGCCAGAAGGAAGAGGCAAAUGACAAGAAAACAAGCUGUUAACAGUUCCAGGCCCGGCAGGCCUCCUAAGCGUUCUUUGGGAGUGUUUCAGGACAAUGCUCGCCUUCUGCCCCAUUCAGUCCCAGGCCUUUUAUCACCAGGACUUAUCACUCCGACAGGUAUAACAGCUGCAGCAAUGGCUGAGGCAAUGAAGCUGCAGAAGAUGAAGCUUAUGGCAAUGAACACUCUUCAGGGAAAUGGAAACCAAAAUGGGGCUGAAUCAGAGCCUGAUGAUCUUAAUUCUAAUACAGGUGAAAGUGAAUCCUCCUUGGAUAAGGAUAAGUUGCAGUCUCCUCUUGCUGCUCCUGGACCCCAACAUGGACUUACUCAUGCAGCCCUGUCUAACCAGCCAGGUCUUGGGGGUGCUUCUACCCUCAAUCCACUGCAGCAGAACAACCUACUGACCAAUAGACUGGAUCUGCCAUUUAUGAUGAUGCCACAUCCCCUACUUCCAGUCAGCUUACCUCCUGCAUCAGUUGCCAUGGCAAUGAAUCAGAUGAACCAUCUCAAUACUAUUGCCAACAUGGCUGCUGCAGCCCAGAUUCACAGUCCACUCUCCAGAGCUGGGACCUCUGUUAUAAAGGAACGGAUCCCAGAGAGUCCUUCUCCUGUUCCCUCUCUGGAAGAUAAUCAUUGUCCUGGGAGUCAAAUUUCCUCCCACCCCAGCAGCAGUGUGUCCAGUUCUCCUUGUCAGAUGGAUCACCAUUCAGAGAGGACGGUCAUGAUGCCCAACAAUAGAGAAGAACUUAUUGUUGAUCAGGAUAAUGGACCCACCAUCAAAAGGGAUAAUAAAGAAGAGGUACCAUUUCAAAUUCCAAUGAUCAAGUCACCCUUGGACAAGAUCCAGUUGACUCCUGGGCAGACAUUACCUCCUGGAUUCCCUGGACAAUUCAUUUUUGCUGAUAGUUUGUCCUCUGUGGAGACUCUGUUGACCAACAUUCAGGGCCUACUGAAAGUGGCUUUGGAUAAUGCUCACAUCCAGGAGAAGCAGAUUCAACAAGAAAAAAAGGAACUGCGAAUGGAGCUCUAUAGAGAGAGAGAAAUUAGAGAAAACCUUGAAAGACAACUAGCAGUUGAACUUCAAAGCAGAACUACCAUGCAAAAGCGUCUGAAGAAGGAGAAAAAAGCCAAGAGAAAACUGCAGGAAGCCUUGGAAUUUGAAUCAAAACGCAGGGAACAAGUGGAACAAGCACUUAAGCAAGCCACUACUAGUGAUGGUGACUUGAGGAGGUUGAAAGAUACUGGAAUUCCAGAUAUUGAAAUAGAAAAAAAUGGGACUUCUCAUGAUAGUACCUCUAUUCAAGCCUGAACACUGAUGACGGAACUCCAACUGAUCAUAAGCACGAAUAGAGUGCUGUAAAAGUUACCUGCUUAUCUAGUGCUGUAAUUCUUUAGAAUUAAUACUCAAAUUCUUAAAAUAUGGAACCUUCAAUUACUAUUUGUUCAUUACUGAUAAAUAGAACCUUGCACGUACAGGAAAAAUGUGCUAGAGAACGGGCUUCACAAGUUUUUAAGGAAUAAUCAUAAUGAUGAUAGAACAUGAUACUUUACACUUCUAUAAUCCCUUUUUUCCAUGGAGCUCAUAGUGCUUCAUAAACGUUAUCACAGUAAUCCACACAGCAUCCUAGUGGGGUAAGUAGGUGCUAGAAUUUUUAAGACAGAGAAAAUGCUAUUUCUAAAUGGUGUGACAGAAAUUUAAAUGUAGACCCACUUAAGCUGUCAUUACUAUGAAAUAGCUUUAUAUUUGCCUGACCUGGGAUUUAAUAGGAAGUAUGUGAGGAGAUAACGCACUUGUGCAAAUGACCAAUAUUUGUUAUCACUGCUUUGGAGCUCACUUUUCUAAAAAAAAAAAAAAAACAGAAACAAACAAACAAAAAGCACGUUACCUGUAGUGUUCUCCAAGGGAAUAUAGACAGAUCUAGUUUGUAGAUUUUACCAUACCUAGUUCUUCCUUUGAUCUGUUAAUGUAAAGCAAGUCAUUUAAUCUCUACUAGCACAUUCAUUAUUUGUAAAGAAGGCAAUAAUAAAAAAUAUAGCCAAGCUACUAAAAAUACCCCUUUUAUUCUUUUCUACUUUCCUCCUAUCUCCAAUCCUGCUUCCUCUUUAUUAAGUAAUCAACAACUAACCAGACUGAAAAAUGUAUAGACAUAAGAAAGGAAAAAGGCAGACAUGAUGGAUCGGUAACAUCAUUAUUUUCCGUUGUUCACCUCCUGAUCUAGAUAUGACCAGAUGCCUAAGAUGUUCCAGUAAUUAGAACCAAAUGGGUCAUUUGUCUAAAUUGUCCAGGAAAUUCCCUCAAAUAUUUUUAACCAUUUACUUAAUGGAGACAUGACUAAAGUCCUGUCAUCAUCAUGGUGGCAAUACCUGUCAUCAUUACGUUCAUGCCUCUUAAGAAUCUAAUAAAGCAGUAUUCCAAUGUGUUAAGUGGCAUCUAGUGAUCAAAAAUUUUUAAUGUCUCAUCCUAUAAUGCCCUCCUUACACCAAACAAAAUAUAAUCUGUUAUGUUAUUUUUACAACUGCCUAGAAUUAAAUUCUGAUGUGACAAAAGCACCACUUUUAUGUAAAAGGCCAAUUCUGUUUUUAAUCCAUUCUCCAAUAAUCAGUUCCCUGUGGAAGUACAUGCAAUUUCUGCUGUAAUGACCACCUACUCUACACAUUUUAAAAUGUUACAUUAAUUAAUAUUAAUGUGACAUUUCAGUCAUUCCAUACUCCGAAAAAAUUUCUUCUAAGACACAGGAAUUUGGCUUCUUGUGCUCUUGAUAGACUGUAGAAGGUCUACUUGUGUAGAGUAGGUGUGCUAUUUUAACCUAAUUCAGUGAAAUAAGAUCAGAAAUAAGUCAUGGACAGAGGCAAAUAAAAUUUUUAAAACUUGUUUUAAUAUCAAAUAUCUGAAUUGAAUAACAAAAAGGUAUGACUAAAAAUAUAACAUCCAGAAAUGUCUCAUUAUUUGAUAGUCAAACAGCAUAAAAACAAACUAGUGUCUUUUUACAAAUAGAUAUGUUUAAUUCAUUUUGAUUGAACUAUAAGAAAUCCUCAUAUGUUUUGUUCUAGUCCUUUCCCACAUAUUUGCCUUUUUUGUAACACCUGAUUUUAGCUUUUUCCUUUCAUAAGUUUAAGAUGUAUGACACAGAAGGCCAAUCUCACACUUUCUGAGUUUGUAACAACUUGGUGUGGCCUUUUAAACAUAACUGAUCAGCAGAAGCUCAUAUUCAGACUCUUGUGCCAUGGUGCAUGUCCAUGUCAGGCAGUGCUGUACUAAGGGAAGGACUAUAUGGGCCAAUUUUUUAAUGGUCACGUUUGUGUAUAUCACAUUCACCCUUUUACUUAUCUGGUAAAUCUUAAUGGAAUAAACUGUGUCAGCUCUUCCCAAAUGUCAUUGUGUAUCACUCCUUAUAAAUUUCCAAUCUCCAUAACAUUCCUCUAGAGAGGUUUUGUUGGUUGCUUUUCCUGAUCUUUAAUCUUAUUUAUAUCUAGGGUGCAUAUUAUAGCAUUUCUUUUGGAAGCCAAGUACAAAUCCUGUUAAAAACAUGAGACAUUUAAUUACUAAUUAGCUGUUUCCUGUUCCUAAUGAAGUGAGCAUGCUGGGUUUGGAUUGAAAUUCAGCUUUUGCUCUCCUCUAUUUAUGGUUCCAGAUGUUUUCUUUUAUCUAGGAGUUUACUUUGACAGCUACUACUAAAUGAUAAAUCACUCAUUAUAGCUAAAAUGUAUUUUGAAAUUGAAAUUUGGCAAACUUUGAGAUUGUUCCAAAGGUCAGUGUCAGUUAGCAGGUCAAUUUUGGCUUUUUCCUGAUGAUCACUCAGUAUUGGUAUAUGUAAAACAAUAACAGAAUCCGUGUCAGCAUUAUACAGCAUGCCGCACAAGAAUCUAUUUUGAUACUCUCCUCCAAAUUAGGAGAAAAAUUUUACUGCUAUGAAAUCUUAAUUUAUUGUAUUCUGGGUAGAAAAACAUUGAUUCAUAUUAAUACUGUCUUCUUCUUGUUAGCUUAGUUUUUCUUUGGAUUUGAGCUGCUGUGGAAAUAGUUCCUGAUAGGCCUUGUAAACCAGCACUUUUAAUGAAGGUUGUGGGCAGAUAUGUUUGUCUGUUUUUAUAAAGGCAGUCAUUAAACAUAAUAAAGAAAAGAGGUUUUUAAGAAACCAUUUUUCUAAAGGGUAAAUGGUGAUUGCUUUUUACCAUUUGUUACUGGGUUUAUGGACCUUUUCUAUAAAAUAUUAUUUUGUUUUGCCAUUGCUUUCAUGUUUGUAAUGUUCACAAUUUAUAUUGCAUGAUUUAAGCUUUAGCUACAGUGUAUAAAAUUGAAUCCUGAUAAAAUGACCGUUUUCCACUUGAGGCUGAAGAGCUUUCCUUUGACCUUUAAGCUGUGUGUACAGAAGAUGAGGUAGAAUGGAAAAUUGAGCAGGUAUCUGGUGAAUUUUAUCAAAUAUCUGUGCUCAGAUGCCACAAAGCUAUCUAAGCAAUUCUCCAGGCUGACAGACUACUUAACAA